GGAGGGUAUGCAUAAUGGGCCAAAAAAGCUGACGGUCCAUAAAAUAAAUUCGUUGGCCGUUGCCGAUCAGUACUCCUUAACCGUCAACAAACAGUACAUUGCGCUGCAAUGACUUGUACCUUCAAUUUCUUCCACUAAAACAGACACCAUCUCUAGAAAUCAGCUGAGACAAAGCGUAGACUUCACUUCUACUCUCUUUCUCUCUCAACAAAGCCAACCGCCACGAUGUUCAGGGAUGUGUCGGCGUGCAGCACCUACAACUACGCCGACGCCCUCUACUGGGACGCCCGUUACAUUCAAGAAGUGGAGUUCGGCUCCUUCGAUUGGUACCAACGCUAUUCAGCUCUCCGCCCCUUUAUUCGCAAAUACAUCCACCCUAAUUCGCGCGUCCUCAUGAUUGGCUGUGGGAAUGCCGUUAUCUCGGAGGACAUGGUUAAAGAUGGGUUUGAGGAUAUAAUGAACAUCGACAUAUCUUCAGUGGCUAUUGAGAUGAUGAAAAAGAAGUAUGAGAGUGUACCUCAACUUAAGUACAUGCAAAUGGAUGUUAGGGACAUGAGUUUAUUUCCCGAUGAUAUGUUUGAGAGUGUCAUCGAUAAAGGGACUCUUGAUUCAUUGAUGUGUGGCACUGAAGCUCCACUAAGUGCUUCUCAAAUGUUGGGUGAAGUUAGCAGGCUUCUUAAACCUGGAGGAGUUUAUAUGUUGAUAACAUAUGGUGAUCCUAAUGUGCGGAUGCCGCAUAUAAACCGACCAGUUUACAAUUGGAAAAUCGAAUUGUAUAUCAUACCUAGACCUGGAUUUCAGAAGCCUGGUGGAGCCCCUCCUUUGAGGUCACACCUCGACCCCAUUCCUCUCACAGAGAAAGGCCUACUUCCUGCAGAUUAUGUGAUGGAAGAUCCAGAAUCACAUUUCAUUUAUGUGUGUAAAAAGCUAGCUGUACCAACUGAUCUCCCCAGCAAAUCUGCUGAUUCCUUGGCUAAUGAUGCUAUGCGAAGAUAAUACACAGAGCCUGAUUUGAAGGUACACCAGGGCGACUGGAGUUUGUCACCGAACGUACCGCCUCAGCCUCUUAAAGGAGCUGUACAGCUGCUUUGCUGCAGCCUUUAUUCAGUUUGUUGGGCGUUGCAGGCACGGCCCCUCACACUUGUUCGGUUUCAAUUGAUCUUGCUUGGUGUGGGCAGACGAAGCGUCUGAGGCUAGCUGUCGAGGCUGUUUCCUCGAUGUCUCGCCGGCUUUCUGGAAUCUGGGCCGAGACGGCCUAGUGAUGAAGACCGACAUAGUUGCUAGGGGUCUCGAGUUGUAUUAGCGUAGUUCGACUUAAAUUUUCUUCUUAGAUAUGUAUUCCUCUCAAGCAUUUGGAAUUUUAGUAGCUUGAAAUUCUAUGUAUUGUAUUUCUUUUGCUCAAGAAAUAAACAAGUACUCUUUCUUUCUUUUUA